AAUCGAUACAAGAAAUAAUAUACAAUAAAAAGUGUCUCAAGUGAUUUAAAGAAAAAUAAAUAAAUAUCAUUUAAAUAGUAAAUUAAAAUUUUUUUUAUUAUUCAUUUAUUUUUCAUCCAUUAAUUCUGGACUUGAAAUUUUUAUUAAUAUAUUUUUUUGAUGUCUUUUUAAUAUUUAUAAUGUGUUUUUAACAACUAUAUAAAUUCUACAAUAAAAAAAAAAAUAAUUAUUACAUUUAAAAAGAAGAUGAUAAUCAAUCAAAUUUAGUAGACACAAUUGUUGUUAUAUUCCAAGAAUAACUAAUUGAAAAUCAUUGAAAACAAUUGAAAAUAAUUGAGAAUAAUUGGAAAAGUGGGAGGGGCCAAAUAGUUUUAUUAGAAAUGUUGAUGAAUAUGUAUUUUUAAAAAUUCUAAUGUCAAAUUGAACUUUAUGAAUUGUACUUAUAAAUUAUAAAAUACUCUAGAGAAAAAAUAUUUUUAAUUUUUUAAAAUUAAAUAAUUAAAUUUUUAAAAAUAUAUAUCUAAUAUAGUUUUUAGUUAAAUAAGAUACUUUGAAAUAAUCAGGAAAGUAGAAGCGAAUGAAUACUCUCUUUCCGAGAAUAAAUAAACGAAAUAAAUAAGCCCCGAUAGUUAGAGCCGAGUAUAAAAAUUUUCUACCUCGGCUAUUGACUCGAACACACCUGCACUGAGCCUUUGCUGACAAAACCAAACUGUUUGUUAUUAGUUAUGAUUAGUUAUAUAUUUUUUUUGCCAUCGUGUUUGUGCAUUAUACAUUAGAUAUUUUUAUGAUAACAACAAUAAAAAUUAUCAGAUAAUUAUUUUACAACUUCUUCAAGUGUCAAUUACAUUAAUAUUUAUAAUUCAUAAAUAAUUCAUUUUAUAUAUUGAAUUAAUAAUUGAUAAUAUCAUUGUUAAAAAUUACCAUAAACAGUAUUAAAUAAAAUAAAUAAGCUAUAAAAAUAAACAAAAAUAUAUACAUAAAAUCAUGACCCUUGACGAUGUUAUCAUACGAAUUGGAGAAUUUGGUAAAUACCAAAAAAAAACAUAUGUCUUGCUGUGUCUGCCAGUUAUAUUUUGUGCAUUUCACAAAUUAUCAACAGGAUUCAUCAACUAUGAACCAACCACACUCAAAUGCCUUGAUGAAACUUUUAUACCUAGAGAAAAAAUUAGUCCAUGCAAAAAUAUAUCAUAUGGUACAGAUCAAAUCACUACUGUCACAGAGUGGAAUUUGGUAUUUGAUAGAAAACCAAUGGUAGCAUUGUCAGACUCAAUAUUCAUGGGAGGGGUCAUGGUGGGAAGCAUGAUUUUUGGUGGAUUAUCAGAUACCAUUGGUAGAAAAUUAGUCUUCACAAUAUCUCUAAUUAUUCAAUUGGUUGGUGGUAUACUAGUUGCAAUAUCACCAAAUUACUGGUCAUUUGUAUUAGCAAGAGCAAUUGUUGGAACAUCAAUAUCUGGUAUAUAUCUUACUGCAUAUGUUAUAGCAACAGAAAUGGUUGGACCAUCAAAAAGAAGAAUUGCUGGUGUUUGUGUUCAACUAUUUUGGACAAUUGGAUAUGUUGGAGUUGCUGGAUUAGCUGCAUUAUUUCCAGACUGGAGAAAUCUUCAAUAUGCCAUAACAUUACCAAGUAUAUUUUUUCUUCUUUACUGGUGGCUUAUUCCAGAAUCAGCUCGUUGGUUAAUUACAAAAGGUAGAGAUGAAGAAGCAAAAGAUAUUCUUCAAAGUGCAUCAAUAGAAAAUGAACGUGAAUUAUCUCGUGAUACGAUACAGCAACUUCUUGAUUAUAAUACUGAAAAAGUUGAUAAAAAUGAAAAUACUGGAGGAACAACAAUUAUUCAUUAUCUAAUUAAAUAUCCAAAUAUCAGAAAUAAAACAUUGUUUUUAUGUUUAAUUUGGAUUGUAGCAAGUGGAACUUACUAUGGUUUAUCAUGGGGUGCUUCAAAACUAAACGGUAAUCCUUAUGUUAUUCAUGCAAUAUCAGGUGCUAUUGAAGCACCAGUUUAUUUAUUUCUCAUACUGACACUUGAUCGAUGGGGAAGAAAAAAAACACUACUUGGAUCCAUGAUAUUGACUGGUAUUGCACUCAAUUCUUCAGCACUUUUAACGAAUUAUGGAUUUACAAAUGGAAGUAUUGCAAUGUAUAUGAUUGGAAAAAUGGCAAUCACAUCAGCAUACGGUGUUGCUUAUCUUUUUACAACUGAACAGUAUCCAACAACUGUGAGAAACAUGGGUCUAGGAGCUUGCUCAACAGCUGCAAGAAUAGGACCAAUUCUCGCAACACAUAUUCAUAAUUUGGAAUCAUUGGUGGUUUGGCUACCAUUUGUAACACUUGGUGCAGCUGCUUUUACUUCUGGUGCACUUGUUAUGUUACUGCCAGAAACAUUAAAUAAAAAAUUACCAGAAACAAUGAAAGAUGGUGAAAAUUUUACAGAAUAAAACCAUUAUAGUAUUGUAUUAUUUAAUUAAAAUUUUUGAUAAAUAAAAUUAUUUUUAAAUUUAUAUAUUACAAAAUUAUAUGGGCAAAAUCAAAGUAUUGUAUUAAUAAAUUGUUAAAAAAUGAUUAAAUAUCAACAAAAAAAAAAGUUUCAUUAUUGUUAUUUGUUUUUUCGAAUAAUUAUUAUUUGAAAUUGAACAAAAUUUGGAGUUAAUUUAGCAACAAUUGUCAAUUGGAAAAUAAUAACAACAGGCAAUCUGUAAAUUUGUAUUUUAAUUUUCAACAAUUAGUUUUAUUGUAAACAUACCUUAAAUGCAAGUUUUAUGUUUGUCGAAAAACUCGGUACUGCACAUGACACUGAGUGUUGCGUUGUGGAAAAUUUAUAAGAAGUUCAACUAAAUAAAUGCUAAAUCCUAAUAAUAA